CCAGCAGCAGGGCCCCCCCGCCCGGAUCCAGGGGGAGCAGGGGCUGCGGCAGCAGCAGGAGGAAGCAGCAGCAGCCAUGAAGGACCGUACUCAGGAGCUGAGGACUGCCAAAGACAGUGACGAUGAAGAAGAGGUGGUUCAUGUGGACCGGGAUCAUUUUAUGGACGAAUUCUUCGAACAGGUGGAGGAGAUCCGCGGCUGCAUCGAGAAGCUGUCGGAGGACGUGGAGCAGGUGAAGAAGCAGCACAGUGCCAUCCUGGCUGCUCCCAACCCAGACGAGAAGACCAAGCAGGAGCUGGAGGACCUCACGGCCGACAUCAAGAAGACGGCCAACAAGGUGCGCUCCAAGUUGAAAGCCAUCGAGCAGAGCAUUGAGCAGGAGGAGGGGCUGAACCGGUCCUCGGCUGACCUGCGGAUCCGUAAAACACAGCACUCCACCCUAUCCCGUAAGUUCGUGGAGGUGAUGACGGAGUACAACGCCACCCAGUCCAAAUACCGGGACCGCUGCAAGGAUCGGAUCCAGAGGCAAUUGGAGAUAACUGGCCGGACAACCACCAACGAAGAGCUUGAAGACAUGCUGGAGAGCGGCAAACUGGCUAUUUUCACUGAUGAUAUCAAAAUGGACUCACAGAUGACGAAACAGGCUCUGAACGAGAUCGAGACCCGACAUAAUGAGAUCAUCAAACUGGAAACCAGUAUCCGUGAGCUGCACGACAUGUUUGUGGACAUGGCUAUGUUGGUGGAGAGUCAGGGGGAGAUGAUUGACCGCAUUGAGUACAACGUGGAGCACUCCGUUGACUACGUGGAAAGAGCUGUGUCCGACACCAAGAAAGCUGUAAAAUACCAGAGCAAGGCUCGGAGGCCACAUGACCACAGACUAGAACCCGAUAGGCGCACACAAUGGGUCUCAGCAAGCAUGAAUAUUUAUCAGGUGAAAUCCGUGCUUAAAAAAGAAAACCGGGAAAGAGCCGCAAGAUCUUUUCAUCUCCUGUGGAAGGUUUAGGACUUAAUCCCUGGCUUGGCUGGAAUUGUCAUAUUUUUUCUCUGCAAAACUUUUGUCUCACGGGUUUGAAAAAAAAAUGCUUGCAUGUUUUAAUGAAAAAAACAACAACUAAAACAUAAAAAAAUGACCAAAA